GUGAUGGAAGGAAAUAAUAAAAACAGAAGGUUUUGUUCAGCCUGAUGCACUUUAUUUAGUGUAGGUAGGCUACGAGAGCGUGUGUGUUUGUAUAUUAGUUGUGAAGAUAAAGAUGUAGAAUUUAGGUGAAAUUCAGCUACUUGUUACGAAGCCAACAGUCGCCAUGGCGAUGCGAGAGCUGGUAGAUGGUGAGUGUGGGAUGGCUAAUCCUCUAAUGAAGCUGACGUCACAUUUCACACAAGACAGAGCAUUUUCCCAGGAGGGACUCAAGUCCGGUCGCAGUGCUGCAUUCCCACAACGUGGCUCACUAGCACAAAUUGGUGACGAGAAGCAGCUUGUGAAUGAGUUCUUGGCGGACCAGCAAGUAUGUUCUGCUCCGCGCUCCUUCAGAAUGGAUACUCUCCUGCAAGAGAUGAGAGAAAUAGAGGAUGGGAGGCACAGACAUGCACCGCUCACAGCACCAGGAAUAGCAGCCCUAACAACUGGAGAUGCAGCUCAAAGCUGGGCUGCCGAAUUAUUAAUGGAAGAUGGGAACAUCCCUGACUCUGACUGGACGCAGGAGUUCAACCAGGAGCGAAGUCAGAUGCUUAAUCCGGGUGUUAUUCACGACACAAAGUGGGCAGAGGAGUACUUGGAGCAGACUGAGAAAGAACCCGAGUGGUUGGAUACCGAUCUUCAGGAGGCAGAAGGUCAGUGGCUACAGGAGUACAAAGCCCAAGAUGAUACUGAACUACAGAGAGCAGCCAACGAGUUGCUGGGCAGUGUAGACGACCCAAAGUUCUCGGAAACAGAGUUCAUGAAGUUCAUUGGGAAGGUAGGAGAUGGGGAUGUCACAUUCGAUAAAACUGGACAAGUGAAAACGACGGACCAGGCAGAUAAAUGGGUUGACGAAUUCUCUAAGAAAACACAAAGUAGUUCGAAUCCGGAGCAGUGGACGAGGGAGUUUGAGUCUGCACAAGCGCCGGUUAGAACUGAGGAGGCAGAUGUUGAUUUCUGGGAAAGGCUACAGAAAGAAUGGGAAACAUUAGCACACAAUAGUGCUGAGGAACAUCCAUGGUUGUCUGACUUUGAGGAAACAGUGAACCAAUACAAGGAGUACAAGUUUGAGAACGAGAAUCCUCUGCUUGAUCACAAGAAUGCGUUUACCGAGGGCUUGGAGAGGCUGAAGCAAGGAGACCUGCCCAACGCCGUGCUCCUAUUUGAAGCAGCUGUUCAGGCCGACCCGUCACACGCACAGGCAUGGCAAUACCUUGGCACAAGUCAGGCAGAGAAUGAACAGGAACCAGCUGCUAUUGCUGCACUGAGGAAGUGCUUGAACCUGGACGAGAAGAACGAUGCGGCACUGAUGGCUCUAGCCGUCAGCUACACAAACGAAGGCAUGCACCAUCAGGCGUGCGAGACACUGAAACGAUGGCUGAAGAACCAGCCGGCUUACGGCACGCUGGUGCCACAAGAGGGUGCCAAGAGCACGAGCGCAUCUUCAUUUCUUAGCGGGCCCGAGCAUGCGGAAGCUACAAGCAUGUUCAUGGCUGCCGCUAGACAAAACCCUGAACAGCUGGAUCCUAAUAUUCAGUGUGGAUUGGGAGUUUUGUUCAACAUGUCGGGAGAGUAUGACAAGGCCAUAGACUGUUUCAAAGCUGCCCUCAGUGCAAGACCAGAUGAUGCCUUGUUGUGGAAUAGAUUGGGAGCUACAAUGGCCAAUGGUGGGAGAAGUGAAGAAGCUAUCAACGCAUACGACCAUGCUCUCCAGCUCUCCCCCGGCUUCAUACGUUCGCGCUACAAUCUGGGAAUCAGCUGCAUAAACCUAGGAGCUCACAGAGAGGCGGUUGAGCAUUUCCUAACAGCGCUCAACAUGCAGAAGUCGGGCAUCGGACCGAGCGGACAGCGCGCGGCCAUGUCUGACAACAUAUGGACAACACUGCGCAUGACCGUCUCCCUGAUGGGUCGCAGUGACCUAUACGAACUGGUGGAACGGCGAGAAUUAGACAUGCUUUCUACAGAGUUUGGUGUUGGUAGCUUGCCCGUCACCUAACUUUCCUCGCGCGUACUCGGACCAACGCAAGGUGCUACUGCAACACAGUAUUAGUAGGUGAGGGUUCCAGUCACACUGGGAUUAGAAUAGCCCCUGAAGUGCCUGCACGUGUGAUUUUUGCAUUGGGACAUUCGCCCGGUUCAUACAGUCACAAGCAUCACCCAAUCUGCAUCGUCAGAUAAUAAUAUGAACUAAAGAAAUGCCUCUGCCGGCGCUACGGGCGUACGGUACGUCUAACGUUACUAGUCUUCCGUGCUUUCCUCUACCUAUGCGUAUGCAGCGUGCAGACGGUUGGGAGGGGGGGGGUAGGAGCGCUGGUGAGCGCAUGGUGGCUUCACGUUGGUUUAAAGAGUAACCUUAACCAUGGCAAAUGGUCAAUGUACUAGGCUUGCACUCGGAGCGCAGGAAGUGCCGAGAUGAACCGAUAGCCAGCGUGGGUGGCGGUAACUACUGCAGAUGGGGUCGUUGUCAUAUCAGGUACUACAGAUAUGUGCCCGAGGUAGUUUUAGGUCGUUUAGU